ACCCCCAGCGAAGCACGGGUAUCGAUUUGACAACACUGCGCGUAUUUUUCAGUUGUGUGUUACCUGAAAUAUUUAUACGGCAAUACGCGGGGUAGUUUGUUUAACCUGAACCCGAAGCAAAAUAUUAGAACGUUCAUCGUUUGUAUUUCUUUCAAAAAGAUGUAACGAUAGUGGUGGGACCACCCUGUUAUAUCGCCUGGUGCACACCGCAGGUAUUUACCAAUGACUGAAGUAGUUGGAACAGACAAGCACUGGAAGUGUACCGAAACCAAUAAUGGAUACUUGAAGCCAAAGGUAGAAGAAUCGCUUUUAGGUAAUAAUGCCGUGAACACGGUUGUGCAAAUGUCUGGAGGUGGUACUAUGACGACGGUAACCCCAAGAGUCAAACCCGCCAAAGAAAAAUGUCUCUUAGCCCUCGUACUAGCACUGAUUAUUUUCUCGGUAGUCUUAUUACUAAUGCUAGUUAGUACCAAACAGGAGACUUACAAAGAGCCAAGACUUAGAGUAUGUUUAACGGAGGAAUGCGUGCGUACGGCAUCCUCACUUUUAUCAGCAAUGGACCAUACUGCGGACCCGUGCGUGGAUUUUUUUCAAUACGCAUGUGGAACUUGGAACAAAAAACAUAUCAUCCCCGAAGACAGAAGUUCCAUUAGCACAUUUGAAGUAAUGGCUGACCAACUGCAAGUUAUUUUGAAAGGAGUUUUAGAAGAACCGAUAUCAUUAGAAGACAAUGACGCCACUCGAAAAGCGAAAACAUUCUACAAUACGUGCAUGGAUAUUUUUCAGAUCCGUAGAAAUGGAGACACGCCAAUCCGGGAAGUGUUAGAUCAUCUUGGCGGUUGGCCCGUGACCAAACCGGACUGGCGUCCACCGGACUUUUCCAUCGAAGUCUUAUUGGGACGCGUACGUGGCAUUUAUAACGAAGGUUUCUUAAUCGAACAGUGGAUCGGACCGGACGACAAGAAUAGCUCCGUUAACAUCAUCCAGAUGGAUCAAAUGUCGCUUGCGUUGCCUAGUCGUGAUUAUUACUUAAAGUCAAGUAGCGAGGGUGAUAUGAAAGCGUAUCACACUUACAUGUCAAACAUAGCCGUUUUAUUGGGUGCCAAUAAAACCACCGUCAGCGACGAGCUGCAGAGGAUUAUAGAUUUCGAAAGGAAACUGGCAAAUGCGUCCUUGCCUGAACAAGACCGUCAUGACACCAGCGUCAUCUACCGCAAGCUCAAAUUAAAGGAAUUGCAAACGAUCGUUCCCCAAAUCAAUUGGCUGGAGUACUUCCGAUCUUUUCUGGACGUCGAUAUCGACGACGACGAGCCCGUGGUCGCCUACGGGUUGGCUUAUUUCGUGGAAAUGGGCAAAAUCCUUGCCCAAACGGAGAGAAGAAUCGUCCACGAUUACGUACUCUGGCGCCUAGUGAUGUCGCUAUCGGCACAUAUGAUUGGCGAGUAUCAGCGGGAGAGGGUGGAGUUUCGAAAAAUCCUCCAAGGAGUACUCAGCGAAAGGCACAGGUGGUCCCAAUGCGUCGAGUGGACGAACAAAAAGUUGGGGAUGGCCGUAGGAGCGUUGUUCAUCCGUGAUAAUUUCAAUCACGACAGCAAAGAAACGGCUUUGCAAAUGAUCCACACAAUAAGGGAGGCGUUUAACGAGCUUCUAGCCGAAAAUGAUUGGAUGGACGACGAAACCAGGGCCGUAGCCAAAGAAAAAGCAGAUGCGAUGAAUGAAAGGAUAGGUUAUCCAAAACUUAUCACCGACAGGGAAGAACUUACAAAGGAAUAUGCAGCGCUAAACGUCACAUCCAAAGAUUUUAUGAAAAACAUUUUAAACAUACUAAAAUUUGAUGCCUGGCAGAAUUUAAAGAAGCUUCGACAACCGGUGGAUAAAGACAAGUGGUCAACAGAACCAGCAGUUGUAAACGCGUUUUAUAAUCCCAAUAAAAACGACAUAGUUUUCCCGGCAGGGAUAUUGCAGCCCCUUUUUUACAGUCAGCAUUUUCCGAAAUCUCUUAAUUACGGCGGAAUCGGCGUCGUAAUAGGGCACGAAAUAACCCAUGGCUUUGAUGACAAAGGAAGACAAUUCGACAAAGACGGCAACAUGAUGCAGUGGUGGAACAACGCCACCAUCCGAGCGUUUCGGGAAAGGGCCCAGUGCAUAAUUGAUCAAUAUUCCAGAUACAAAAUCGACGAAGUUGAUCUCUACGUGAACGGCCGUAUGACUCAAGGCGAAAAUAUCGCAGACAACGGUGGACUCAAACAAUCGUUUCGGGCAUAUCGGAAAUGGGUUGCGCGAUAUGGAGAGGAAGACGGAUUGCCGGGGCUGAAUUUGACUCACGAUCAAUUGUUUUUCCUCAACUACGCCCAGAUAUGGUGCGGAUCUAUGAGGCCCGAAGACGCUUUGACCAAAGUAAGAUCGAGCGUUCACUCACCGGGGCCCAUCAGAGUACUGGGACCAUUAUCAAACUCGCGUGAUUUUGCCAAAGCCUAUAAAUGUACAACAGGAUCGCCAAUGAAUCCCACUAAUAAGUGUAGCGUGUGGUAAAUAUUGAGCGGUUUUAGGAAAAUGUGUUUAAUACUGAGUACUUUUCGUACAUUUAUGUGUGAGGGGCGAGUCGCGGUCGGUGACGGGUUACGGUGUUGGAUCUAGAAUAUUCUCGAUGAUGCGACGUUGUCCCUUGUUCAGUAUGUCCUGUUAUGGGUGAUUUUAAGGCUUACCUCCCUUAUUAAUAAAGCUAGCGUGUUGCAGCUUUCGAGACCCAAGAUUCUUUUUUUUAUGAAAUGAAAGGUAGCAAAAUGAGAAAUGGCAUAGCUAUCUUGGAAUUUUAGAUACAGGGUGAUUUUGAAGAUAUUGGUGUUUUUAGAUUUCUUGUGCAGUUCGGUUAUGCCUUAACUUACCGAAAAAGUGAAAACUGGUCUAGAUAGGGUUUUUCAUGGAGGAUCCAAUGGAGGAGUCAGUUUUCCUCUGAAACUUUUUGACUUGUUAUACAUAACUCGUUAGAGUUAUUUCAAGUAUAAAGUUGAGAAAAUAACUUUUUUUUUAAUUACAUCAUUUAUUAUGAAAAGUUAGUUUACCUGUCAAAAUAAAUUGCUCUGUGCAUGCUAAUUGAUAAUAAUAAAUAAUUUAUUAUCAUAUACCCAAUUUUCCAUAGUUAGCCGAAUAGCAGAAGGAAGAGCAGGCUGAAAUAAUAAUGAUGAAAUAUUAUGACUUAUGAGAACAGCUGUUUUCUAUGGCCUACUCAUAAAGUAAUUUAAAAUUAAAGAUACAAAUAUGCUUUGUAUUUUUAAUAUCUCUUACCUGUGAUAUAUUUUUGAAAAGCUCAUAACAUGUCUAAUGAAAAUAUUAAAGUACACAAAGGGUGUGUCUGAUGCAAUUUUUUGAAAAAACUUAUCCAGGUUAGUUUUCAUCUUUUCGAUAGGUUAACGCAUACCGGAAAGACAAAGUGUGUAAAAAAUUACCCUGUAUCUAAAAAUCCAAGCUGACUAAAAAGUUAUCCGCAACGCGCCAGAUUUAUGAAUAUAAUAAAUAAUCAGAAUAGAACAUAAAUCAGAUCUCCUUGUCGCCGAUUAUAACGAACCUGAAAUUUCAACCGUAGGUUACAAAGGUAUAUUUUUUCUUAAACACAAUAUUGGAUUUUUACAGUUUUGAAAAACCCAUUAGGUUUUGGUUUGCUUUUUUUCAAUCGGUCAAAUCUAAGAAUAACAUUUUGAAAGCUUGUGAAUCCCACCAAUGAAUAAAAGCCAGGGUAAAUCAAUUCGCUUAUCAGUUUUACAACCAACGAAAUGUCAUUAAAAAUAUUUCCAUACAAAUAACCUGUUAUUAACGAGUUUACCCAUAUUUUUGUCUCAUCCUGUAGAUACUAAAGUAGUCUAUGAUGGUGGAGUUAAAUACAUUAAAAAAAGAGAGUUUUCUAUAACAGAAAAACUACGAUCCUUUUUUUAUUUUCAUAUAUAUAUAUAUAUAUAUAUAUAUAUAUAUAUAUAUAUAUAUAUAUA